AUGUUCAAAAAACCUUUCACUGCCAAACCUCAGACGACGCUGAAGAACUCGGACCGCAAGAAGCUGCGUAACAAGCUACAGGAGCAAUACAAGCUCAGUGACGACGAUGCCAAGCUGCUCCUCCCGGAUGUAGUUUCAGUGAUGCGCAUAAAAACCUACAACGGUGAAAAUGCGCUUAUAUACAGCGCUACCAGCAACGAUCCACUAUGGAUAGCGAUUGGGAAGGCAGAAGACGAGUUCAUACCGAGUGUGUACACUCUCUUCAAAAAGCCUACUCUCCUUCCUGUGAUUACGACGUGGUCUUUCGUGAUUGAUAAGAUAUCAACUGGCGCUGAUCUCAUGGCACCGGGCGUGGCGCUCAAAAAUGACCCCAAUAGCCUUCCUCAUGUCCAAGAAGGCGCUCUGGUUGCUGUAGCAGACCACGGCGCAAAUGCAGCACCUGUCUGCGUAGGCAGAACUGCCAUGCCAACUUCCCAAAUGAACCUAGAAGCCACAGGCAAAGCGGUGCUUAUCACCCACUCUAUUAAUGAUUCGCUGUGGCUCGUAGGUACACAGCCAAAGCAAAUUCCCGACGGGCAUAGACAAGAUGUUCUAUUCGAUAGCGACAGCGAUAGCGAGAUUGAAGAUGUUCAAGACGUCGACACUAACGCAGAUCAAAGUGAUAGUCUGCCAGCUCAAGUCGAGCAGCUGGAUGUAAGAGAUGAACGCGAUUUCCAGCACGUUGAUCUGUCAGCCAUUGAUGUUGACGAAAUGCUUAGAAACGCUCUCGUCCACGCCAUCUCAUCCUCGUUACAGAAUGCAGAGCUACCAAUGCAAGUCUCCACCUUGCUCUCCGCACAUAUCCUCCCCAAUCGCUCUUCAAGGAUACAUCCCAAUCUCACAGAGCUGAAGAACAGCAGCUACAAGAAAGCCACAAAAUUCCUGAAAGCAAUGGAGAAGGAAGAUCUCCUAUCCUUCAAAGAGCAUAAAUCGAAUAUCACCAUAACGCGAAUCAAUAGCUUACACCCACUAGUGAAACAAUGGAGAGGACACAAAACAGUAGCAGCUGCCGAGAAGCAGAAUGAAAAGCGCACAAAGCAGUUUGAGGAGGAACCCUGCACCAACAACCACACUAAGAAUGUCGGUUACAUUGUCGAGGAUGUCUACUUGGCUCCUAAAGGGGUUGUGAGGGAGUGGCUCACUACCGCAGGCGUCAAAUCUGAUGAUUAUUUGACCGCAAGCCAAAUCAGAAGCAUCGCAAACUCUUUUAUAGAAUCAAACAACCUCAUUCACCCAGCUGAUCAUGCGUAUGUCCUUGGGAAGAACAAUGAGGACUUUGCAAAUAUGCUAUACGCUAAACCAAGUAAUCAAAACAAGAAGAGCAAAGUGUCAUUCGACGACAGUGACUUUAUACCACGUCAAGAAAUUAACGGACGCAUCAUUCAGCAUAUGCAGCCAUUCACCAGAUUGACUCAACAAGACGGUAGUAGUAGAGUGAUCAAGGGUCAGCUAGCACACUUCAAGCUACAGAUUAAACAACGUCAAGGCAAAAAAGUCACAACACAUCUCAGCGGACCUUUCAAGGAGUUCGAGUUGAAAAUGGAUCAUCUUGCUAACUCACUCAAAGUUAUUUGCGCCAGUAGUACAACGACUAGUCCAAUGCAGAACAAUCCAAAGGAAUUAGAGGUGAUUGUUCAAGGUGACAAGAUAAGAAUUGUGAUUGAUGUGCUCAAGACCCAUGGUAUUCCAAUGAGAAUGAUAGAGAUUGUACCCAAAAAGUAG